AUGCUUCUACCUUCUGCCCUGUCGUGCGAGUCACGGCAGCAACAAUAUUCCUCUCGGCCUCGCUUCGCCGCCUCCCACCUCUUCCCAUCCACUCCGCCGCCCUCUGACGAUGGCAUCAGAUCUGGAAAUGGCCUCCUGGGAACAUGCCGAGCCCUCCAGUCGCUGCUGAACGUAUCCCCUGCUCCCUCCCCCAGUCGUACGCGCACUCGAGCACCCAAGCCAGAACGUCUUCAGAGCCCUCUACAAGUGAAACCCACGCCAUAUCUUCAGGACCGAACUACCUCUGCUUCAUCUACCUCAUCAUCUACGGGCCCUUUGUCAUCUGCGCGCACAGUUAAGAGGGUCGUCAAGCCAGCCGCAAAGUACCCUCGCGGCGCCAAUAAGAGACGGAGAGAGGUCUAUGAGGAGUCGAUGGACUUCCAGCACGGAAGCAAGAAUAGAGAACAUGAAGACAAGUUCUCAACACCAAAGAGGCAGAGACGUGCGCCUCCACAGCUCCCACUUGGCCUCGAGACCGGAGAUUUCCGAUCACUCGACACUCCAUCCAAGUCGCAACGAUCACCUACACAGUCCCCGUGCAUCCGACGGCAAUGGAAUCGACGAGGCGACGACGCAGAUAGAAUAUCCAGCAGCACUGUUACCUCUCCGGAUCGAACCUCCUCCUUCCCUUCCUUCGCCGUUACGGCGGCCACACACAACUCAUUAAACAAUGCCAUAGACUCGUCGAUAUUCUCCUCGCCUCCCCAUCCGAGUACAGAGUGGACGACCGAAGAUGACGGAAGACUAGUCGAGCUCGUGCUUGAGAAACUAAAACUGUCUAAGCGUGACUGGAAUGACUGCGCACGACGGAUGGGCAAGAACCACGACUCCGUCGGCAGGCGAUGGAAAGCCCUUGUUGGAGAAGGCAACGUCGGCCUCAGACGAGGACGGCGGAUGGUCAGAGGGCGGAUAGACGAGAGCUGGCGGCCAUGA